CUUUAAGGUUCGACUUGGUAAUCACGUGUCCGGAGUUGCAGGGUCAAAAAGUUUGACAGAAGCCCGUGUAGACAUAUAGUUUUGUUUUGUUUCCUAUUAUUUUUAUUUUCUUUGAGGGAGGCAUCAAACGAGGUUCCUGAAACUCCUCAUCAGCAUUAUAUGCUCGUUAAUCUUGCAUAAGGACAAGGUUUUUCCGUUUUUCCAUUUCCUAUCAGAGUAGGCAGAUCUUUUCAACAGUAGCAAUGGCCGGAGUUCUUCAGCAAGUGACAUCGGGACUUCGUCUCGACCUGGGACCUCUGAAAGAGCCAUUGGGAUUUAUUCGCGUACUGGAAUGGGUUUUCUCCAUAUCUGCCUUUGCAACGACUUGUGGAUACUCCGGGACCACGCAGGUUAAAGUGACAUGUCCAGGAUCGGUGGAAGAAGACAUCAAUGCUGAUUUCCAGUACCCAUUCAAACUCCUAAGUCCAUCAUUCAAGAUCCCGAGUUGCGAUAAUGGCACCAAGUUGGACAUCAACCUUUUCGGGGACUUAUCAUCAUCGGCCGAGUUCUUCGUCUGCAUCGGCGUGCUCGGCUUCCUGUACUGCACGUUCGCCCUAGUGCUCUACUUGGGCUACCAGCACGUGUACCGUGAUGGCACCCGAGGCCCCAUGAUUGACCUGAUUGUGACGGGGGUCUUUGCCUUCCUCUGGCUGGUGUCUUCCUCAGCCUGGGGUAAGGCCUUGACUGACAUCAAGGGGUUCACCAAUCCGCAGAAACUCGCUGAAUUCAUAACCGGCUUACAAGGCUUCAAAGGAGUGUGUAAACCUGGGCAGAACCCAGUGAUGGGCCGCCUCAACGCCUCCGUGAUCUUUGGAUUCCUCAACCUCAUCUUGUGGGGGGGAAACUGUUGGUUCAUCUACAAGGAGACACCCUUCCACAAGCCCGUCAGCCCCCCUGUCAUUGAGGAGGGACCUGGAUCUUCUUAAUAGAAUCCCUCAGAAUCGCCGAUACAGCCCCCACCACUACCAGGCUCAAACCAGCCCAUCAUCCAAAGGGGGGGGGGGGGAGAUGGGUCAGGAACCCAUGAUCGUGUGUCUGCAGGAGACCUAAAAUGAGCAUGACGAUGCUCCAGUUUUCGUUGCUGGUGUUGAGCUUCAGCUUUCACAAGUAGCCAGACGUGAUUUUCACGUCAGACAGCUGGAGCCCAGGCCUGCAAGGGAAACUGCAGCAGCAUAUCCAGCCCCGUCAUCUGAUUGCUAUUAAUUAUUCUGUUUUAUCUUGUUGUGACCUUUCCAGAGUGGUAUUGCAAUUCAGUGUUUCAAGACCAAAUCGUUUGAUUUUUUUAAUUGUAAGCAACAUUAAUCCCCUCACCCAACAAUUAAUGUAGUUUGUUACAGUGUAUUGUUCAAUACUGAAAUUCAAGCACAUUUUCUUCUUUUUUUGGCUGUAUGUGCCGCAAGGUCAGCUCUAGUCAGACGGGGGUCUUGGUGACUGGUAUUUCACCCGAAACUUCAGCAACAAGAACAUGGUAACUUUAAAACCUAAAAAAGUCAGUUCGUAAUUUGCAACAUUUUGUGUAAAAGGGAAGCUACCAGCUUCUUGAACUACUAUCAUCGUUUUGUUUUAUAAACCUCAUUACAAUGCUUCAUUAGAAAUUUGAGCUGUUUGGCCUUCCCAAAGGAAUAGCCAUUAGUUUAGGCUUUUUUUUUCUAUUAGUCAUUUUUAUUAAUAUUAAUAUUGUUACUGUAAUUUCACUGUGCUUUGAUGUUUGCAUCACUAGUUGAGAUCAGGUUCAGUUGAGAAGAUUAAACUCCUGCCAUGUAGUGAUGAUGUCAGAUUGUUUCCUGCUGUAUUUCACCAAAUGGCUGUGGCACUUAAGUAGCUGGCAGUGAGUCGUCUUUUUAAGCAUCUUUCUGUUUUGUUUAUGCACUGCAUCAGGUUUCAAAUUGAAGUAGUUGACAUAUACUGGCUGAUUCUGUUAAAGUGUGCUUUAACCAGUUGAUUACUAAGUGGGCGGGUUUGUUUUCCUAAUGAUACAAGGCUUCUGAAUGUAAUGAUUUGUCUUUCUCUGGCGUUCUGAGCAGACUUCUCUCUUCUGUGUUAUUAAAGAAGCUGCAAAACUU